UUUAUGCAACGCCUACCGGCUUUUUGCCACCAUAGAUAGGCGGCAACUUUCGCGCAAACUUUUCUAAAAAUUUUUUGACCCGGCAGUCAGUUAACUCGCCUUGACUCUUCGGACAGGAUGAUGCCCUCCAAAGACGCUAAAAAAGAGACCUUCUAUAUCGACAAAGACAAACAGUUCAACCGGUGGUAUGAGCGCGUCCUCAUAGAAGCCGACAUUAUGGACAAGCGCUACCCCAUCAAGGGCAUGCCAAUCUUCAGCGCCUACGGCUACCACAUGCACAACGCAAUGAUGAAGAUACUAGAAAAGGAAUGGGAUAAGCUGGGUAUCGACAAGGUUCAAUUCCCUAUCCUGAUUCCUGAAUUGUACCUGAAACGCGAAGCUCAACACUUGGCAGGUUUUUCGCCGGAAGUCUUUUGGGUAACCGAGGGCGGCAGCAAAAGCCUCGAGGCCAAGAGCGCGCUUCGCCCGACGUCCGAGACGGCGAUAUACUCCAUGUUCUCUCUGUGGGUUCGCUCAUUCAGAGACCUGCCCCUAAAGGUUCACCAAACAUGUUGUGUAUAUCGCUAUGAAACGAAGGAUACGCUGCCAUUAAUUCGCGCGCGCGAAAUUUACUGGAAUGAAGGACACACCUGUCACGCGACCAGAGAAGAUGCUCUGCAAAUGCUGGAAAACGCCUGGGCCUCCUAUCUCUACCUCUUGAACGAGCACCUCGGAGUGUACGGAAAACGCCUGCGUCGCCCAGAAUGGGACAAGUUCGCCGGUGCGGAACACACCGACGUCCUCGACUGCGUGUUGCCAUCAGGGAAAGUCUUGCAAUCCGUCGGUGCGCACUACCUUGGUCAGAUAUUUGCCAAGUCCUUUGACAUUCACUUUUUAACGGAUAAAAACACAAACGAACACGCGUACAUGACCUGUUUCGGUGUUUCUACCCGCAUGCUGGCGUCCUGUUUGGCGACGCAUGGCGACAACAAGGGUCUUAUUCUGCCUUCAUCUAUUGCCAAGUACCAGGUGGUAAUCGUCCCACUCCUCUACAAGGGCAAAGAAGAAAUGUGCGUGGAAGCCGGGAAAAAAUGGAAGUCAACUUUGACAGCUGCGAACAUUCCCUGUUAUCUUGACGACUCCGAAAAAAAUCCAGGCGAGAAGUACUACUACUGGGAAAUGAAGGGAGUACCAAUCCGUAUGGAAGUUGGCCCCAGGGAUGUGGAAAAUGACCAAGUCUGUUUAGUCCGUCGCGACACUUCAGAAAAACACUUCGAACCCUCUGAAACCGUAAUAGCAAAAAUCAGAUCCUUAUUGUCCAACAUAGAUAACAAUCUAAGGCAGAAAGCCAAGACUAAAGCAGACUCAUACGUCGUCACUUGUAAAACCCUCGAAGAAGUCAUCAAAGUUAUCGAAACUCGUGGCGGAUUUGCGAGAAUCCCUUACUUUAGUUUCGAUUUAGAUGGGAAAGAAGGAGAAAAAAUCAUUCAAGAAAAAACCAACGCAGAGAUUCGCGGAUAUGACCCAACUGAAACAAUCGAGCCUGGCAUGACCUGUCUCGUUACAGGAAAGCCUGCCAAACAUUGGGCCUAUGUUGCCAAGUCCUAUUAAAAGCAAAACUAUAUAUCAAAGUA